UGUGUCAGGACACUGCCAUCAAUGAGACAUUUGUUUCUUUGAUGUUUUACCAACACUCUUAGUCUUUUCAUAUCAAUCGUGAUUCAUGAUAUUGGAUAUUCUUAAGAAUGUCCGAUCAGGUUCAUGAUGUGGACGAUAAUGAAUCAGCCAUACGGCAAGAAUUACAAGAAUAUCGUGCUCAACUUGAAACAAUCAAAGAGCAACAACUAGAUGAUAAUGAUGAACUAAAUACGCUUAAAUCAAAUUUGGAAGAGCUCUGCCGAUUACUGGAAGAUGAAUUACUCAAGAUUGAAAAACGUCAACUACUGAAAGAUUUAGAUAUCGAAGACGAUGAUGAAAAAAUUGAGAAAGAAAAAGCAUCAUUAACCAAAAGUGAUGAGCCUAAUACUGAAAAUGAUGAUGAUUCGCAAAGCCAAUUUGAAUGUUCUGUACCAUAUCGAUUUCAAAAUGGAAAAAUCGAAUAUCAUGAUGCCUUAGUAAUCACUGAAGAUGAUGAAAAUACCGAUGAACAUAAAGUUCGAUUAAAGGCAUUUUUUCUUUAUCCAGUUGAAAAAUCCAUGCAAACUUGUCCAUUCUAUCUUCGGAAUAGCUGCCGAUUUCAGGAUAAUUGUAAAUACUCACAUGGCUUUCCCAUAGCUUCAAUCAAUCAAGUUCGACCAAAGUUUGCAAUCAACUUAUUUAGCGAUAAAGAUAUUGACUUGAUGAAAUUUGGUCAAUUAAAAAAUUGCCUUGUCCAAGACCAUGAAGGAAACUUAUGGCAAAAUGCAGAAAUCUGUACUUUAGAUCUUGAAAAAGAGCAAAUUCUAGUUCGAAUUAAUAAGGAUAAAAGUGAGAAAUUGAUUCAUUUUGAGAACUUAGUUUUGUUGCAAAAUGUGGAAUCUGAAAAUUCUCAUGAAGAAGUUGCAACAGAUGCAUCUGACCAAUCUAUGAACACUCAGAUUCCAGAUUUAACCCGUGGAGAAUUUGGUUCUUGGGAAAGAUUUACCAAAGGUAUCGGAUCUAAAUUGAUGGCUAAAAUGGGCUAUGAACAAGGUCGUGGACUAGGUCUAAAAUCACAAGGGAUUGUUGAUCCAAUCGAGCAGAUCAUCUAUCCACCUGGUCGAUCACUAGAUCACUGUAUCAAGCUUAAACAAGAACAUGAAAGGAAAAAACAGGAUUGGCGAGAAAUACUUAGGGAAAAAAAUAAAAAAUUAAAAUUCGAAGCCAAACUUUCUGAUGGAUAUAAUCGUGUCGAAGAACAGCAAGGACGAGCUAAAUCAAUGUUUGAAUUCUUGAAUAAUCGGUUAAAUCAAUCCGUUUCUACAGAAAACAAACGUCCAUCAACCAAAGAUCGAUCAUAUAAAGAUCUGGAUCAACGGAGCCUCAAUAUUGCAUCAUUAAAAUCUGAACAGGAUUUACAACGAGCAAAAAUUGAACUGGACAAAAUGCAGCAACGACAUAAUCGUCAUUAUGUUUCCAUUCAAUCGAAUGCUGAUCAGAAUGCUGUAUUAAUGAAAAAUGAAUGUGAAUCUUCCAUCCAACGACAGCGAAAUAGAGUGUCAUCAUUACAAAUGGAAACUGAAGCGAUCAAAAAGGAAAUCAAAUCCAGAUCCGAACGAAAUAAAUUGAUUAAUUUUUGAAUUCAACGAUGGUUAAGAAAAAAAAACAAAUUUUUUUUUGGAAACCGAAUCUGAACAUACAACUCUUGUCUUGUCAGUUUAUUUCAAUCGUUAAUUUGUAUUAGUACAACAAUCUGUGAUUGAUAGAUUCAAUUGACCGAAAUGUGAUGAACCCAUAUUAC